AAGGUGUGUGGCCUUGUGGCUGGCUCUUUCUCUGAUAGCUUUGAAGAAGAUUGUUUGUCAUACCUUUGAUUAUUGUCAGGAGAUGGAGUAUUUUCCUAAGUGUCAAGUGACAAUAUUUCUCUGUGAUGUCUGCCAUUUCUUCUUAACUUCUUUCACCUGAUCGGACCAAGCAGACAGGGGCGCACUGAGCUAUUUUUAGAGAUAGGUCAAACACGGUGACUUUUUUUUUUCACCCACAUGUCUUUCAAAAGGGGCUUUAAAGUGUCUAAAACAAGUUUCAAAAUUAGUAUUUUGCACAAGUCCGCCGUUUUUUGUCCCACCUCUUCAUUGCUGGUGUCAUUGGAAACUAGAGGCGUCUGACCAUUUCCAGUUAUGCAUUUUCCGUGCGUAACACAGGCAUGCUCCAUGCGUAAAAUCUGUAAACACGGCUGCAUUGAACUCUGAUUGCUUUCCGUACAGCCGCAAGCACAGAUUGUUCCAUUUGUUCGUGAAUCUUUUCGCCGUUUUAACUUUUCUCUAAUGAUCAUCAAAUAUAAUAAUGCCACAAAAGAAGAAAAUUACUGUUUGGGAAGCUUUGGAGGAAAUUUGCCGGACCAGUGAUGGGGAAGUCGAAGAAACUUCAGACAGCAGCUUGGAUAUUGAAGUGGAAGAAGAUGAGGAAAUGCUUCUGAGAGACCCAGUUAACGACCAUGACGAUGUUGCAGGACCAUCUGGGACACAGCAGACCCUGCCACCCGCCAUUUCAGAUGAGUCUUUAUCUUCUUCAAGUGACGAUGGUGAAAAAGAUGAGUGGCAUCAGCCGCCUUCCAAGCAGUCAGCCUCAAGACCUGGGAAGCGCAAGGUUCCAUCUGCCACCCCAAAAAAAUGGAGCAGCUUAUCCAGAUCAACAAAAAGAGGGAAAAAAGCUGCAAAGCAGUUGAAGCAGUGGGCAGAUUCGGCCUCAACCAGGAAUCGAAGACAAGCGUUGCCUGCGCCUGGAACAAGUCUUACCGGAAAAAGGUCACAGCGCAGCAAAUUGUGGACCAAUUUGCUGCGCUGUGGACCAACCCCAAAUAUGGCAGGACCGCCAAGUGGAAGGUCAACAAGCAGAGACGCGUAGAAGUGGCCGGUCUGGACGAGUCUGAACAACAGAGGGCCCUUGAAGCUCUUCGAAGAAUCUAUCCCACUGCUGGAUGUCUUAUGAAAGCGGAGUCGGACACGGACAGCGCCUCAGAAGAUGAAGACCUGCCACCGUUACUGAGUCGCUUCCGUGACACCGAGACAAAGGACUGUUCGGCAGAUGAUCUUCAAACCCGAUGUGCUGACUUUCUGAAAGACUUCAUAGUAAGUCAGCACCAGUGCGACAACCUGGAGAAAAUGACAAGGACACAGAGCCAGAGUUUACUGUGGCAGCGUCAUCGUGAGGGAAGAAUAACGGCCACAAUAGCACACGACAUCAGUACGUUGCAGGACACAACAUCACGAGAAACAUUGUUUAAUCGGGUGAUGAACCGCUCACAUAUUGACUUGUCGAGCGUUGAAGCAGUGGCGUUUGGCCGGAAAUAUGAAGACCAAGCCAAGCAGCUGUACAGCGAGUGGAUGAAAGACAGGCAUGAACAGUUUAGUUUGCAUGAAACGGGCCUGGUUGUUGACCAACAGUUUCCCUUGUUUGCUGCCACUCCCGAUGGCAUUCGCUCAUGUGUAUGUCAUGGCGAUGGACUCGUUGAAAUAAAAUGUUCUUUCAAACAUAAGGAUCUGUGUGUGAAAGACAUUCCCAAGGUUGACAAAACAUUUUAUUUAGAAAAAGACUCACUUGUGUUAAAACAGAGCCACCGCCACUACACCCAAGUUCAAUUUCAGAUGUAUGUUUGUAAAAAACUGUUCUGUGACUUUGUUGUGUUUACACACAGAGGUGUUCAUGUGCAAACAAUAAAAUAUGAUCACGCUUUUUUACAGGAACUGGUUUCAAAAUGUAUGUUUUUUGCAGUAGAUGAACUUGUGCCAGUCAUCAUCCAGCAGAAGUUUACAAGUUGAGAUUUAGUUGAUUCUAUGUUGUUGGA